AUGUCCCGGGAGCAGCAGACAGUGGCUCGUGCCAGAAAAGCUUUCCAAACAGGCAGGUCCAGACCUUUGGAGUACCGCAUCCAUCAGCUGAAGAAUCUACAGCGGUUGUUCACUGAGAGACAGAAAGAGAUUUCAGAUGCCAUCAAGAAAGACCUCAAUAAGAGUGAGGUGGGCACUCAGUUGUAUGAGACCCUGGGUCUUGAGGGGGAGAUCAGCCUGGCCAUCAGGAAGCUGAAGGAAUGGGCAGCCCCUCGGCCUGUGGAGAAGAACCUGCUGACACUCUCUGACGCCGUCUUCAUCCGGCCAGAGCCACUGGGCGUGGUACUCAUCAUUGGGGCUUGGAACUACCCCUGGGCUGUCACCAUCCAGCCACUCAUUGGCGCCAUCGCUGCUGGUAAUGCUGCUGUGAUCAAACCCUCUGAGGUGUGUGUUCACACUGCAAAGGUCAUGGAGGAACUUCUGCCUCUUUACAUUGACAAAGAGCUUUACUCUGUAGUAAACGGAGGAAUCCCAGAGACCCAGGAGCUGCUCCGCCAGAGGUUUGAUCACAUCUUCUUUACUGGCAGCAGUGCAGUAGGAAAAGUGAUCAUGGAAGCCGCCGCAAAACACCUGACACCAGUUACCCUGGAGCUGGGUGGAAAGAGCCCCUGCUACAUUGACAAAAACUGUGACAUCAGUGUAGCCCGCAGACGCAUCACCUGGGGAAAGUACACAAAUUGUGGUCAGACCUGCAUUGCCCCAGACUACAUCCUGUGUGAGCCCAGCAUCCAGGACCGAGUCAUCAGUGAAGUCAAGAACGCCAUAAAGGAGUUUCACACAGACAACCCAAAGACCUGUGUGGACUAUGGGCGCAUCAUCAACCAGCGCCACUUUAAAAGGAUAAUGAGCAUGUUGGAGGACAGCACUGUGGCUGCAGGAGGAGACAAUGAUGAGUCAGACUGCUACAUAGCCCCCACAGUACUGAGAGACGUGUAGCCAGAGGCAAAAGUAAUGCAGGAGGAGAUUUUUGGUCCUCUGCUUCCUAUUUUACCAGUCAGUGGCCUGGACGAGGUGAUCAAGUUUAUCAAUAAUAGAGAGAAACCUCUGGUUCUUUACGUGUUCUCAUCAGACAACAAGGUGAUAAAGAGAAUGACAGAGGAGACCUCCAGUGGAGGACUGCUGGCCAACGACUGUCUUGUGCACUUCUCUGUCAACUCUCUGCCUUUCGGAGGAGUGGGAAACAGUGGUAUGGGCCGCUACCAUGGCAAGUUUAGCUUCGACCAGCUGAGUCACCUUCGAGGUUGUCUCAUCAAGCAGCUGAAGAUGGAGGGAAUGAAUAGCACACGUUACCCGCCUCACACUUUCAAGAAACUGAGCAGGGCUCGCUUCUUCAUCCUGAAACUGUGAAAAAUGUUUAUCUUUUUAAGAAACAUAAGUUUUGUAAUAAAGGGAGAAUUGUACCACUUACAGAGAAUGCAGGUAAGAGUUACACAUCUUGAUACUGGUUAGAUGAAGACUGGAACACGAGAAUCACUAUUUUAUAAAAGCAGAAACAAGUGCUUUAUUUGUUCUGACUUUUCUGUUGGCAUGUUUCAUCAUACCUCAUGCUGAGAGGAUGGUGGACAAACAGAUGAAUGUCAUGGCUGGCUGCGAGAUGGCCCAGCUGGUGGACUCCAUUACACCUGUGGAGUUGCCAGAGUUUCAUGUCAUGUAAAUGGUAAACUUAAGUCUUGAUCCGCUCUGGACUCCAUGAAGGACACAGAAUCAUAGCUUAAAUCUAAGAGACUGUUUUACUGAUACUCAAGAUCAUCAAUAAUAAGGAAAGGACUGAAUUGUCAUCUCCAGUAAACGCUGCAAAGCCAAAUAACAAACCAGGUGUCACACAUGUUAUAUCAUCCAAUGUUAGAGUAGAAA